CCAUUCUCUUCUUCUUUUUUAUCGCCGUCUUUAAAUAUUCUCUCAACAGUAUCUUUACCAAAGCGUUUAUACAUAUAUAUAUAUAUAUAUAUACACACACAUUAUAUUUUAUAUAUCCUUUAGAUGUAUAGAUAAGAUACUUACAGUACUUCUUCUGCAUCUAACAGCAAUCGCCCCCAAUUGGCUCUUCACUAAAGAAUUUGUUCUAUAUGGCUAAAUCCGAACACUCUUCUUCAGACGACAAUUUCGCAUUCUCUCAAGAGGAAACCAGUGAGGAAUCAAAGCUUGAACUUGAAUUCUCCGAAGAUGAGGAAACACUGAUCAUCAGGAUGUAUAAUCUGGUUGGAGAGAGGUGGUCUCUAAUUGCUGGGAGAAUCCCGGGAAGAACCGCAGAGGAAAUCGAAAAGUAUUGGAUGUCUAGGUACUCAACAAGUGAAUGAGACGCCGCAUUUGGUUUAGGAGCAGAAAUUCCUUUAGACAAAAUUAGGAAAAAAGAUUAUCCAUCUGUUAAACCAAUUUCAUCUUCAUGUCCCUGUACUUGCCAAUGAUGAUGUUCUAUAUUUUAGGACAAUGUUUGAUGUUUGGGCUUAAAUUCAAUGUUGAUGUACUUGUUACCAAUGUUACUGAAGUAGAAUUUACUAAUGUACGCUUGGGAAGUUAUUUAUCUGUGUUUAAA